CCGGUGCACUUUAAAGUCUGAAUUAAGGUCACGUUUGUUUUAUACUCGCAGUUUCCGCAGGGAAAGAGGGUAGCCGUAGCUUAGUAUUUUCUGCUCCUAUCCCUGAGGUGACCUCCAAAGCUCUUCACUGUUACAUUUUUCAUUUCAUUUGCAAUGGCGGAUGAGGAACCUGUUGAUCAAAAGAAGUAUCUUGAAGAGGGUUGCAAGCCUAAAUGUGUGAAACAACUUCGUGCUUAUGAGGCAUGUGUUAAAAGAAUCGAAGGUGACGAAAGUGGCCACAAGCAUUGCACUGGUCAAUAUUUUGAUUAUUGGGCUUGUAUUGAUAAAUGUGUUGCACAAACUCUAUUCUCAAAAUUGAAAUAAUUGAGGGCCAAUGUUGUGUAACAUUAGCAUCAUGUGGAGCUGUUUUGAGUUGAAAAGCGAGUUAAUUGUUUCAUAAACUAUUGGUAUCCUUGUACCUUAGACAUGAGAUGAUGCCUGCUGCGUAUCUAAUCUGAGCACUGGUAAACAUUUUUGUUAUUGUUAUUGUGGAAACGUUUACUCAUUGUCAAUAAAUUUGGUUCCUAGUAGGCAUGCCCAUGGGCGACAGAGUUGGAACGAUCUUUGCUUACA